UGCAAAUUGCAUUCUUUGAACAUGUCGAAGAGAGGAGAGGAAGCAAGUGGUGAUGUUACCGCUAAACUUAUCCAAUGCACCAAUUUUGCAGCGGUGAAACAUAAAGACCAGAGAAGGAAAGACCCAGAAAAAACUCCGUAUAUCAAUCAUCCUGUCGGUGUAGCAUACAUCUUGACACAUGAAGGUAGUGUCACAGAUGUGGAGGUCAUUAUGGCCGCUCUGCUGCAUGACACCGUUGAGGAUACAGACACAUCAUUUGAAGAAAUUGAGGAGCUGUUUGGACAGAGAGUGACAUCUCUUGUGCGGGAAGUCACAGACGACAAAAGCUUACCAAAGGAGGAACGAAAGAGACAGCAGGUGGUGCACGCACCGACAUCUAGCCCCGGUGCAAAGUUGAUCAAGCUGGCAGAUAAACUGUACAAUCUGAGGGACCUGGAACGUGCGACGCCAGAUGGCUGGUCAGAGAAAAGGGUCCACGAGUACUUCGUGUGGUCGAGGGAUGUGGUGCGGGGCCUGCGCGGCUCCAACGCUGCACUGGAGGCGGCUCUCGAUAAAAUAUUUCGGAGCCGAGGCAUCGAUUUGUGAUCUGCGGUGAUUGCUUAAAAAGCAGUCUCGUGCUUCAGUAACAGAUAUCGGGGUUGUGCUGUGACAGUGUUUCCUGGAAACCAAAGUCUCUGCUACUGAAACUGAAGCAUAAAAUUGGUUGUGUUGCUACUGCCAUGUGUGCUGGACAAAAUAGUACAAAUUAACAAAUAAGGCAAUACUUUUCCUUCGUAUGAUGGUGCUGUUUCAAUGCAUGGGAAUGGUUCUCCCUUCACUAUGUGGUUUCUUUGUACUUGAAAUACUUUACUGUGUGCAUGCCGCUAUUAAAACCAGAAUGUCUCAGUGCAAAGCAGAUUGUAAUUUGUAUUUAUUGAGAUUUCUAUUUUACCAGAUGUUACAUCAAUGAAAAUACUCUGGAGUUGUGUAAUGAAAUAAUUACCAGGAUGAUUGGUACAAUGCAGUGCUGGUGUCAUUUCAUAAGA